ACGUUUUGUUGAUUAUUGACGUUGUUUGACGUUGAUGUUGUUUAGGCUAAAGGCUGAAUGUAUUUAUUUUUUAAAGUUUACUGUUUUAUUUUUAAAAACUAAUCAAUUCAUUUAAUUCUUAAAUAAAUUCAGUCAACAAACACAGAGUUCAUACGUACGAAAUGGAGGAAUCUUCAAAGGACAACGAAAAUCCUCUCGAUAUCGAUGGUAGUAAUUUCAACUCUGAAAUGUAUUUCGAAUGUCUCUUAAAAUGUGCUACUUUACGACAAGUGAUGGAUAAAGAGGCAGAGGUAGUUACACAGAGUCAGUUCUUACAGUCUGAAAUGCAAACUUUGGUAUAUGAAAAUUAUAAUAAAUUUAUAUCAGCGACUGAGACAGUUCGAAAAAUGCGAACAGAUUUUCAGAUAAUGCAAGAAGAGAUGAAUAAACUAAGUGAAAAUAUUAACAAUAUAACAACUUUCAGUGCUAAGAUAUCUGAAAAUUUAAAAGAGAGUGGAAAUAAUGUAAAUAGACUAUGCAGUACUCGUCAAUUGUUAGACAAAUUACAGUUCGUAUUCUUAUUGCCCACUCAACUUAAUAAAGCAAUCCAAGAAAACCGUUAUGCAGACGCUGUACAAGAUUACACGCAUGCCCAAAGAGUCCUGCAGAAAUAUGGUAAUCAGCCGUCUUUUCAAAGCAUACAAACUGAAUGUUCUGAAAUUAUUUGUGAUCUCAAGAAGACUCUUAGGGAAAGACUACUAACGCCAGAUACGUCAGCAUCUGAACUAGCUGAAAGUGUGGGUCUGCUAAGACUGUUACAAGAAACAGACUCGUCAUUGCAAGAUAUAUUUUUAACAUCUGCCGAGAAUCGCUUAGACCAACAUUUGAAGAAUUUAAACAGCAUUGUUGAUAGUGCUGAUAUAUUGGAAUGGGUCGAAAAAUGCAAUAACACAUUGUUAGCAGAUUUGGGCAUUAUAAUAUCAUGUUAUCAUGACCUAUUUGAAGAUAAGGAGAUGGUCAACCUCCCUGAAUUUGCUGAUAAAAUUAUGACACAAGUUUUUCAUCUUUUUGAAGAGAAUGUCAAGAGACCUGAAAAUAUAGGUACUGAGAUAUUAAUUAGAGGUCUAGACAAAUUCUUUCGUAAGCUUCAAGCAAUGUCUGAGAUUAUUUCUAGUGAACCUGUUUCUAAUAAAGCCUUGGAUGUUGUUAUACAAUGCAUCAAACAUAAAGCUACACUGCAGUAUGAAACUAUUCAAUUACAAUUUAAAGAAAACUUAAUGAGAGUGAGGCAAUCAUUAGCCAGCAAAGGCACAGAAAGCGCUGAUCUUAAAGAUAUUCUUAAUUCCCUGCAAAUUCAUUUAAUGCAGAAAAUUCAAGCUUCAUUAUUGGAUUUAAUGGCAUUCCUUCAAAACAAACUUUCAUUUGGUUUAAAAAGCUGGUGUGGCAAAGCUGUAGCUGAUGCUUGUUGGACAGUUAUAUCGGAGUCAUUGAUCAAUCUUUCUGAAAUGGUUAAAAAUAUGGCUUCAUUAGAGACGUCUAAUAACAUAUCUUUUGAACUUCUUCUAAUACUAGCAAAGUUAUGUUUAGAAAUGCAAGAAAGUGGGGUAACAACAUUACAUAGUCACCUUCUAAAACUUAUGGAAGAAUCUGCUCCAGGACUAGCUAUUGACAAGAAGGAUACAAAUAGUGUAAUGGUUCAUUUGUCCACAGCUGCCCAAACCGCCUUAGACUCCGAAGUCGUUUUUAUAGGACAGACGGCCGCGCAAAUGCUUCGAGUUUCCGUUCUCGCCAGAGACUGGCUGCGGGCUCCAGAACCAAGAGGUCCGAGAGCAGUCUGUCGAAGAGUGGUAGAAACACUUGCGAGUGCCGACAGCGCUGCGUCACAACUCUUCCCUACAAGCGUAAAACCUUCCAGUGACUCUAGCCGACGAACUAUAUGGUCUAGAGCACCGUCUUCUUUCUCACCUAUAAAUAGAAUAUUCUCAGAACGAAUAGAAGUUUUCAGUCCGGCUGGUGCCGAUCGCGCUGCACUCUCAAAUGGAGCAUUAAAGGUAGCUUUAAAAGCUUUAGUUGAAUGUGUCAGAUUACGUACUUUUAGUCGACAUGGAUUGCAACAGCUGCAAGUGGACGUACAUUUUCUACAACAGAGGCUCUCAUGUAUGGGAAAUGAUGAGAGGUUGCUUAAUGCUUUACUUGAAGAUGCUUUAGCAUCGGCUCAAAUAAGAUGCGUCGAUCCACAAUUGAUGGAAGCCAGUAUUGUCGAUAUUAUUUGCGAAAGAGGAUAAAUAAACUGCUUAUAAUAUAUAUUGUAUAUUAACGUUAAUUUAAAAUACACUUUCAGUAUGUAAUUAUUUAUUGUCAAAAAUUACUACAAAUUAUAUCUCUUAAACAUACAAAA